AUGGGUGGGAGGAAUGAAACCAAAGUCAUGUAUUUCAUUCUCCUGGGUUUUCCCACCACUGGUGAACUGCAGCUGCUUCUCUUCUCUGCUUUACUUCUGGUGUAUUUAUUAACUGUAUUGGAAAACCUCCUUAUCAUUCUCAUCAUCCGAAAAAACCACAGCCUACAAAACCCCAUGUAUUUGUUCCUAGGGAAUCUGUCUUUCUUAGAAAUCUGGUAUGUUUCUGUCAUUGAGCCAAAGAUGAUCAUGGAUGUCCUGUCCCAUGACAAACGCAUCUCAUUCCAGGGGUGCAUGGUACAGCUGCAUUUCUUUGUGACUUUGGUUUGUACUGAGUAUGUUCUGUUAGCUGUGAUGGCCUGUGACCGCUUCCUGGCCAUAUGCAAUCCUCUCAGGUACCCCCUCAUCAUGAGGCACAAGCUCUGUGCUCAGCUGGUAGCUGGCUGCUGGAUGUGCGGUUUGACCACUUCUUCCAUCAAGCUGAACUUUAUAGCCCGGCUCUCCUUCUGUGAUGUGGACAAAAUCAAUCAUUAUUUCUGCGAUAUUUCCCCCCUGCUGAAUAUCUCCUGCAGCGAUUCCUCUUCAGCUGAGCUGGUGGACUUCAUCUUGGCUCUGCUGGUUAUCAUGGUGCCCCUGUGCACUGUGGUGGCCUCCUAUAUUUGCAUCCUGGUCACUGUGUUGAAGAUUCCUUCCUCUCAGGGGAGGCAAAAGGUCUUUUCCACCUGCAGCUCCCACCUGACCGUGGUGAUUUUGUUCUACUCCACCACUCUCUUCACUUAUGCCCACCCCAAGCUCAUGUACACCUACCGUGCCAACAAGCUGGUGUCAGUCCUGUACACAGUGGUUGUGCCACUUCUAAAUCCUCUCAUAUAUUGUCUUAGAAACAAAGAGGUCAGGUUUGCCAUGAGAAAGACUUUUAGCUUGAAGUUAACCAUAGUGGGGAUCUCCCCAGAAAUGCAGGAUGCUGGUUGUAAUCCAGGUAUUAGCAGAAAAUCUGUCAGGAGAAAAUAG